GCUGCAUGAAAACAUUCACGUAGACUGCAGACGGCGAGCAACAGCAGCACCAGGAAGCCGCUCGGUUCUCUGAGCUGCGCGCGGUGAAAAAAAGCUUUUCUGCGACUCGGAUUACUCCGACAAAAAAAUAAUAAUAAACUGCUGACAGCCCUCACGUAUCGCGACAGCAGAACUCAGCGAUGAAGAUCCAGGAGGUUUCGGGAGUGUGUGACAUGAGGAGGGCUCCGAGGAGCCCCGAGGGGGACGGGUUCGAGGAGGAGCCCCCCCACAGCCGGACCAGACGGGACCUGACGGACCAGCGAGGCUGGGGAGACUUGUCCUGGCAGAGGGAGGGGGAGGAGCAGGAGGAGGCCCGGGACCCCCCCCAGCCGGGAGGGCUUCUGAUCCGCCAACUGCUGGCGGAGGAGAGCGACCCCCUUGUCUCCCCCCGAUUCUACGCCUUCGGAAAUCUGGACGACACAGAGGUCCCCCCUUCCCCACCAGACUCCUACUCCUUCAUGAGUCGGCAGAGGAGCUGGUCUCUGGGCUCCUCCGAGGACGACAGGAGGGACCUGACCCUGGCCCAGGCCUCCAAGAAGAUCCACAACCUGAAGCGCAAGAUCCGCAAGUUUGAGGAGCGAUUUGAGGAGGAGCACAAGUAUCGGCCCUCCCACAGUGACAAAGCUGACAACCCAGAGGUGCUACGAUGGAUGAACGACCUCUCCAAGCUGAUAAAGGACCUGAAAGAGCAGAAGCUGAGAGCGUCUGAGGAGGACCUGACGCCCCUGGUGCGCCAGCGCAGCAACACGCUGCCCAAGAGCUUCGGCUCGCAGCUGGACAGGAAGCCGGCGGAGAAGAGCGCCAAGCCGCCGGCGGAGAGCACGCUGCAGACCCUGCAGGCCAAGCUGCAGGAGAAGAGGCAGGAGGACGGCCGUCCCGAGGACAUCAAGGAUAUGACCCGAGAGCAGAUUGGGGAAGAGAAGAUGGCGCUCCAGAAGGCUCUGCUGCACUAUGAGGGCAUCCAUGGCAGACCGGUGACUAAGGCUGAGCGGCAGGCCAUGAGACCGCUGUACGACCGCUACCGGCUGGCAAAGCAGAUCCUCUGCAGAGCCUCCACCAUUCCAGCCAUCGGCUCUCCCUCCAGCAAACGCAGGAGCCCUCUGCUGCAGCCUAUUAUCGAGGGCGUGCCCGCGCUCUUCUUCAGCAACGUCAAGGAAGAGGAGGAGGACGGCUCGGAGGACGAAGGUGAGGUGCGGACGGACCCCCCUGGGACGAGCGGGCCAGAGUACCACAUGCUGGGCUUCCUGGACCAGCUGGAGGAGGACCUGGACGGGUGCCUCUCCCCCGCGGACGAGCUGUCCCCCUCCAAGCAGAGCAUGGACAUGCAGCUGUCCAACCUGCACUUCGCCAGCAUGCCAGAGCUCGUGGAGCAGCUCCACCAGACGCGAGAGGAGAAGAAGAGGAUCCGCAAGAAGCUCAGGGAGUUUGAGGACACGUUUUUCAGGCAAAACGGAAGAAAUGUCCAGAAGGAGGAACGCCCAGCCUUGGCAGAGGAAUACACCGAAUACAAGCACGUCAAAGCCAAGCUCAGGCUCCUCGAGGUUCUCAUCAGCAAAAGAGACUCUUCUAGAGUCUCUAUCUAGAGCACGGGCAGGGCUGCCCCACUGUGUCCCCAACUGCUGAAAGACAGUGCCAGUGUUUCCAUGGCGACAUCUGCAUCAUUCGAACAUCAGGAGGGACUGAGAGCAGAGAGCAGAGGGGCUGAGUGCAGAGGGACUGAGAGCAGAGUGCAGAGGGGCUGAAGGGCUGAGAGCAGAGGGGCUGAGUGCAGAGGGGCUGAGAGCAGAGGGGCUGAGUGCAGAGGGGCUGAGUGCAGAGGGGCUGAGAGCAGAGGGGCUGAGUGCAGAGGGGCUGAGAGCAGAGGGGCUGAGAGCAGAGGGGCUGAGUGCAGAGGGGCUGAGUGCUGAGGGGCUGAGAGCAGAGGGGCUGAGUGCUGAGGGGCUCAGAGCAGAGGGGCUGCCGCGGUUCAGCCGUGCGACAUGUAGAGCACAGAGCACAGGUCUGUAUCUCCGUGAGUCUCUCAUCCCCGGGUGAGAAGGAACAGGAAAAGGUUUUCUGUAAGAAAAUAUAUAUUGGUAUGGUCAGUGAUUCUAAUUGCACUAAGAGUGACUUUUUUUUUAAAUAAAGAAAUUUCAUUUGAAUGUAGAGCCUUCAAGAAUAAGCUAUAAAUAAGAGAUUCGUCACACGGCGAUUUUUGUGUGAUUGGUCAAAACAAAAAUUUCUGUUUGGACGUGGACAUGGCUUAAAAAAACAGUUAUGCAACUAUGUAAAAAUAUAUCUGUUUUAAUCCAUAAAUUCUGCCGCUGAAUAUGAGCUUAUUAUUUUGUGUGAUCCAACAGAAAUAGCACUGUCACUUGAUUGGACUGGUGUGAACGUGAACGCACAUACUGUAUCUCACAGUGGUAUGAGAAAUAUCACACACCAAGCUUCUGUGAUCUCAGAUUUAUGCGGCUUUGCAUCAUAGAUUUAUUUUCCCCAUGUAAAAUAUUGUACAGGGUAAAGCGUGAUGUUUUGUAACAACAUUUGCAAAUAUGUCAUUUCCAGCAUUUGUGUGUAAUAGUGUUAGUGCACACUGAGAACAGCAAUCCUGUUUUAGUCAAAUCUAAAAAAAAAAAAAAAAGAUUCCAUAAUGAUCAAAAUUCCUACUGCUAGAGUUCAAACUGAUUUUUCUGCUUUGUUUUAUCAGACAUCAGUAACCUCAUUGUUACUUAUCGAUAUGCUCAUGCUUUUACCUGUGUACCGUCUGUCCUCCAGAAUGAACAAGUGCAGUGUCACUUCAUUUUGUAUGUUAACACUGAUUUCUGAUUGUUAUGAAUGUGUACAUUUUCGUACAUAUUUUUUUGUAUCUAUUCUAUAAAAGAAUACAUUUUUACUGAUAUAUUUCAGUGUUGUGAUAAUUCCAUUUUAAAUGUAUAUAUAAAGCAUCUGAAUAAUUUUAUCCCACAGAUCAUUUUCUUGUAUUUCAUAGAGAUUAAUUAAUUAUAUAACAUGAUUGAAAUAUCAUCAUUUUAUGUUGUUGUAGAAUCCAAAUUUUCAGCAUUUUUUUCUUUCCAGAUAAUCUCCAUGAGACAGCUGUAAUUAAUGUUUAAUGUUGUAAAAAAGCAAUAGCAUCUCAUGUUACAUCAUGAAUUAAUCUGUUUUAUAAAUAUUAA